AUGGGUAUGCGGAGACGAAUUCGCUAUAUGCCUUUGAUAAUGGUUGUGCUUACCACAUAUCUCGCUUUUCAUGUACAACAGGAUAUCCGGAUUUUUAUAAAUAAACGAUAUCUUGACACCAGUUCUUCACUUCCGGAGUUAGUUGAAAAGACUGAGUCGCCCCUUGCCUACGAACCAACCACUGAAAACCUUGUAACACUCCCUAUGGAUACGGAAGAAAUAAUCAAACCAAUCAUCAAGUUCCCUUUGGAUGUAGACUUGGAGGAGGCAGUAAGAAAUAAAAUUGAGAACGACAUAGACAUCCCAUUCAAACUGAUUAACGUUAACAAGCAAAAGUACAUCCAUAGACCGGGUGAGUGUCACUUCAACACCACGUCAGACGUAACGCUUUUGAUUCUUGUAAAAUCCAGCGUCAGAAACAUCUUUAUGCGGAAUGCCAUCAGAAACACGUGGGCCGGAAAUGUUGGAAAGAACAUCAAAGUUUUAUUUAUGCUGGGCUAUUCCCCUUCGUUGAAGGAUACGAUUGCCAUGGAGAUGGGUGCUUUCGGUGACCUCAUCAUGGAGAAUUUUAUAGACGCGUACUCGAACAACACACUAAAAUCGAUGAUGGGUUUUAACUGGGCAGUAAAUAAGUGUUCAUCGGCAAAUGUGAUUCUGUUCAUCGACGACGACCAUUUUCCUAACCUGCACAAUAUCUUAUCAUACCUCCGGUCUUUAAAUCCGGAUCGGAUGGAUAAGUUGUACGUCGGAUACCGCAUUAACAAAGGAAGCGUUUAUCGCAACAGAAGAAGUCCAUGGAGGAUUCCUUGGAAAGUGUACCCAUAUAACCACUGGCCUCCUUAUCUGAGAGGGGGAGCUUUCCUCAUAUCACAAAAGAUUGCACGCCAGUUUUCAGUAGCGUUUCCUUACGUUAAAUAUCUACAUGUAGACGACAGCUAUUUGGGAUUAGUGUCGUUGAAACUAAAUAUUAUUCCUCAACAUGAUGCAAGAUUUAUGAUGGAAAAGGACAAAAUUCUCACACAAAAACAUCAUUUUGCUUUUUAUGAUUACAAAACACCAAACGACUUUAAGAAGGCCUGGGAGAUAAUUAAAAACCAGAAAUAA